CACUUACCAUAUACUUUAGACUUAGUACUCGUGUAAGUCAACUAGUGAUUCUAUUUUUAUAUUAUACUUUAUUUUUCAAACAUAUUUCUCAACGUUAUAAACGUUUUAUUAGAAAGGUUUGUCUCUUCCUUCUUCUCAGUGCAAUUUUAACAUAGAUAUCAUAUUCCAAUAAUGACUUCACCUUGGAGAAAAAUUCAAUCUGUCGAAGGACCUGUCAGUUUAUUGGAAAUAAGUUCUGAUCAACUUGCAGAAAGUUUACAAGAAAGAGAGUAUGAAAAAUUCCAAGAUUCUUUAAAAAAAGAACAAAUGACACAAAUAUAUGAUACAUAUGAACCACCAAAUGAUACUGAUAAUGAUGCAGUAAUUGCACAGCUAUUGCAAGCUCAAUAUAAUCGAGAAUAUGAUACUAUGUUAAAGCAUACUGAAACGAAGGUUAAUCGUGAUUCUAAAGUAAAUAUUUCAUAUUCUAACUAUCGAAUGUCUUCAUUUGACGAUCCUGAUGAAAGAAAAACAGAUACUGAUAAUGGAAAUGAAGAUUUUGACCGUUUUGUAAGCAUAGAAAAGGAAUAUGCUUCGAUACCUCGUUGUGGCUACAAAAAAGUAGGCGAAGGAUCACAGAUUGUAACGAAGCAUGAUAUGUUAAUGUCAUCGAGAAUAAAUGCAUGCAGGGUUUUUAAAUUUCCACCUGGUAUUGAAACGGGAGAUACAGCUGGAUUUGACGUUAAAUUAAAUAAUAAGGUAUUUAAUAGUUUGAGAGCUCACAGUCAUGCACAAUGGUCAAAAGAAAAAGCAAAGACAAGACCUCAUAAUAAAUAAAUUAUCAAAAAGUA